UAUUUUUCGUUUGUUUUGCUUUUUUAAAUUUCAAUUUCGAUCGACGCAGGCGGUGCAACUUUGUGAAUGGGGCCGGGAUUAACAGGAGUGAGGCUGCCUCUUGAGUCUUUUAUUUAAUUAUAAGUAAAAGUUGGGGUUUGAUUCCUUCUCGGUUCUCACCCAAGCCAAGGGAACAAGAGGAGAGAGACCAGGAGGGCAGCCUUAAUUUGGUGGACUCAUAGCUAUUCUCGCCGUAAAUUCCAAAAGCCCCACGAUUGUAUCCUUUUUUAGAAUCAGAUUUCCGAAUCAUCUAGUCCACCGAAUUUCGGACUUCCUGCUUCCUCUGUCGUUGUCUUCACGGAAGAUCAUCAUUCAAUCUAAUUCUCUCUCUACCAAUCAGCUCUCUCUCUUUCUGUCUCGCUCAGUGCUUUUGACCAUGGACAUUGGCUGCAUUGCUCGAUGACAGCAUUUGGUGCUUCUAAAGUAAAUGGGCAUCUGAAUUAAAGAGGGAGGGGGCUGGUUUGCGGGGGCAGUGGGACUUCUGCGAGCUUAGAAUCCUCUCUCGCUUCUUGAUCAGAGCACAGCUUAUGCUGUUGGAGGCUCUUUUUCUCAAAACUUGGGUUUUGCACUAUCUAUUUUAGCUGAGCAGUUUAAGAGGGAAAUAUUUUAAGCUAAAGAGAGCUAGAGGCUGGCACAAUGGGUUCUGUUUGUUGUUGUAUGAGUGCUGAUGAAUUUGAAGAUUAUGUAAAUCGAAAUAGUUCUGUAUAUAGAAAUUGUGGGUGUCUCAAUUGCUUCUUACAGAACUUUUUGAAUGUGUAUACAGCAAUAUUCCGCAGGGGGGAAGUGCAUUCGCUUCCUUCAUCUAUACAGGGGGCAGCAUCUAUGACUUCUACAGCAUCACUUGAUAAUUCGAUGUCUGACAUGUACCAUUCUCCUCCAAGGCCCUUGCCUUAUGACGUAGACCCCAGGCAUUUCCGCUCACGUGAUUUAUUUGCUUCAAGACAUGACAAAGGUUCAAGUCAUUUGAAUGAAGAGUCAGAACCUCUAACAGGUGAUAUAGAUGGGGAUCAAGAAUCUUUAAAUUCCGGAGGCAAAUGUAAUGAAUCUUCCUGUGAAAAUGCAUCAAAGGAAUACAAAUCUAAGUCCUCAGUAAGGCUCUCAUCAGCAAAAUAUACAACUGGAGCUGGUCUUGCUUAUGCAUCAUCAGAAGAAGAGGAUGUUUGCCCAACUUGUCUUGAAGAAUACACUGAAGAGAACCCAAGGAUAUUGACAAAGUGCAAUCAUCAUUUUCAUCUUAGUUGCAUUUACGAAUGGAUGGAGAGAAGUGAGAGCUGUCCAGUUUGUGGGAAGGUGAUGGUAUUUGAUGAAACAACUUAAGUUUGAACAUAAAGAUUGUGAUGUGGAUGAAGCCAACUACAGAGGAAAGGAACAUUAUAAGUAGACAUUGUGAAUAUCGCAGGGUGAGUGCUUUUUAUGUACAGUGGGUGAUUAUACGAGUUUUCUUAACCAUUAUUGUACGCUGAAUCUCAUCGUAAGAUGUUUUGACAUUUCAUUCCUUCCCCUUCUGGCCAAAUUUGGAAAAGGAAAAUGCAAUUUGGGAUUUAAACUUCGUUAUGGUUUCGAAGUUUAGCCUUUACAGUAGAAA